AUGAGUUCAAAUCCAACCCUCGCUCCCAAAGGCAUUAGGUUUGCCAUAGACCGGGGUGGCACUUUUACCGAUGCGUGGGCGGCAGUUGAGGGCCAGCCUGACAUAGUCCUCAAGCUUCUGUCCGUUGACCCCGAGAACUAUGCAGAUGCACCUUCAGAAGUGCUGGAGCAGGUAACCGGAACUACAAUCCCUCGAUCCUCGCGACUGCCGAAAGAGCACAUUGAAUCCAUCCGGAUGGGCAAUACCGUUGCCACAAAUGCUCUCCUCGAGCGGAAGGGAACUAGGCUCGCUCUCGUCGUCACAGAGGGCUUCCGCGACCUUCUCGACAUAGGUCACCAGUCUCGCCCAAAGUUGUUCGCUCUGGAUCAUAGAAAGCCAGACACGCUGUACGAGGAGGUUGUUGAAAUCUCGGAGAGAAUCACGGUUGAGGAUUUUGAGGACCGACCCGAGGAGCUCGUCCUGCCCACCAAAGGUAUUCCUGGGACACUGGUGGAGGGCUCAACGGGAGACAUCUUGCGUAUAAUCAAGCCUCUCGAUGUUGAGGAGGUAAAAACAAAGCUACUUGCUAUUCGAGAGAAAGGGAUCGAUGCCCUGGCCAUUUGCUUCGCUCACUCCUAUCUUUACCCCCAGCAUGAAGAGGCUGUGACCAAGAUUGCCAUGGAGCUCGGCUUCACUCAUACAUCCGCCUCCUCUAUCGUAGGCGCGAAGAUGAUCAAGAUGAUCUCGCGAGGUAGCUCCGCCUCUGCGGAUGCAUAUCUCACCCCGGAGAUCCAACGCUAUGUUCAGACCUUCGCCAAGGGCUUUGAGGGUGGCAACUUGGAUGGUGUGAGGUGCGAUUUCAUGCAGAGUGAUGGCGGCCUGGUCAACUAUAAGUACUUCAACGGCCUCAAGGCCAUUUUGAGCGGACCUGCAGGCGGCGUUGAGGGUUACGCUCGUACCUCAUACGAUGGAAAGACGCCAGUUGUCGGAUUUGACAUUGGUGGCACUUCGACAGACGUUUCUCGAUACGGCGGAUCAUUUGAGCAUGUUUUUGAAACGACCACGGCUGGCGUCGCGAUCCAAAGCCCCCAGUUGGAUAUCAAUACUGUGGCAGCUGGGGGCGGCAGCAUAUUGUAUUGGGAAAACGGUCUUUUCAGAGUUGGACCCGAGAGUGCUGGGGCGCACCCAGGCCCGGCUUCCUAUCGCAAGGGUGGCCCUCUUACAGUGACGGAUGCCAAUCUGAUGCUUAGUCAGUUACUUCCCCAGUACUUCCCCUCCAUCUUUGGUCCGAACGAGGAUCAGCCCUUGGACGAUGGAAUUAUGCGCCAAAAGUUCACUGAGCUGGCGGACACAAUAAACCGAGAGACCGGCCGUUCCAUGAGCCCCAUGGAAGUAGCAAAUGGCUUCAUAGACGUGGCUAAUGAAGCGAUGGGGCGGCCUACUUGUGCCAUCACAGAAGCAAGAGAGCAUGACACCUCAGCUCACAACUUGGGUGUUUUCGGAGGAGCGGGUGGACAGCAUGCCUGCGAUUUAGCCAAGAAACUGGAUAUCAAGCGGGUCAUUAUUCACAAGUUCUCGAGUAUCCUCUCAGCAUACGGCAUGGCUCUUGCUGGAGUUUCGCAAGAGCUACAAGAGCCAAGCAGCGAGACGCUUUCCGCCGAAUCUAUGCCAAAUAUCCAACAGAGAAUCCAAAUUCUCAAGAGUGAGGCAAAGGCCAAACUGCUCGCCCAAGGGAUAGAUGAGGAUGCCAUUCGAUUCGAUGUGUAUCUGCAUCUGAGAUAUGAGGGUACAGAGUCUCAACUCAUGAUCCAUGAGCCGGAUGAUGGUCAUUUCAGGUUCGCCUUUGAGAAAGAACAUUUAAGGGAGCUGGCGUUCUUGCUUCCAGACUCUAAACGGGUUCUCGUCGAUGAUAUCAGGGUCUGCGGCGUUGGGGCAAGCGAACACGUCAGUCAAGACAAUGGUCGCCUUCGUAAGGAGCUAGAGGAGACCUCAUUUGUCCCCAUCGAAGCACGAAAUGCGGCUCACAAGACAAAGUUAUACUUUAGCCCAGUUGGAUACCAGAUGGCACCGGUGUUCCUACUGGAGCAACUGAAGAGAGGCGACGUUGUGGAGGGACCUGCUUUAAUUAUUGACAAGACGCAAAAGAUUGUUGUCGCCCCUAGCUCGAAAGCCUCGAUCCUGACUUCUCACGUAAUCAUUGAUCGAUCAGAUGAAAAUACGGUUCCUGUCGUGGACGCGACGGAAGAUGUGGCCGACCUAAUCCAGCUGUCCGUCUACAGCCACCGUUUCAUGUGGAUUGCGGAACAGAUGGAGAACCAGUCUCUCCCUCAACAUAAAGAGAGAGUAGAUUUCUCUGGCGCGAUAUUCGGGCCGGACGCCGAGCUUGUCGCCAACGCACCGCAUGUCCCGGUGCACCUGGGUAGCAUGAGUUACGCCGUAAAAUACCAGUCGGAGUUUCACAAGGGUAAUCUGAAGCCUGGAGAUGUCCUCGUCUCAAACCACCCGGAAGCCGGUGGAACUCAUUUGCCAGAUAUCACUGUCAUUACUCCCGUGUUCGAGCCGGAUGGAAAGACGAUUUGCUUUUAUACCGCUUCUAGAGGCCAUCAUAUGGAUAUUGGGGGACUGAAAGGAACCUCGAUGCCGCCGGAUUCGACUUCAUUAUACCACGAAGGUACGUCUAUCAAGUCUUUCUUUUUAGUGAGAGAUGGAAAGUUUGAUGAGAAGGGUAUUUGCGAUAUCCUACUCGAGCCCGGCACGCAUGAUGGCUGCACUGGCUCUCGGAGACUUGGUGAUAACAUCUCAGACUUGCAAGCGCAGAUUGCCGCAAACAACAAGGCCGAGAAUGGAAAGAACAAGGUCCAUUUCUAUAUGAAAAAGAUUCAGGAGAAUGCCGAAAUUGCGGUCAGAAACUAUCUCAAGGGAGUUAGACAAAAGAAUGGAGUUGCUCUUCUGACUGCUGAAGACUCGAUGGAUAACGGAUCGACAAUGAAGGUUUCGAUCACAAUUGAUAAGGAAGGAACUGGAAUAUUUGACUUUGAAGGCACAUCUUCGGAGAUGCUUUCGAAUAUGAAUGCCCCUCCUGCCAUCACUUACUCGGCGUUCAUCUACACCAUGCGGCGAUUUUCAGCUCAACCAAGGAUGCCUAACCCCCACAAGGGUUCUCAUCCCGAAAACACCUUUUUGAACCCCUCUGUUGGCCGAGCUGUCUGCUGUGGCAAUACACUCACCUCCCAGAGGGUUACUGACCUCUUGCUGAAGGCCUUCCGCGCGGCUGCCGCCUCGCAAGGAUGCAUGAAUUGCAUGGGCUUCUUCAGCCAAGGUGGGCUUGGUUUAGAUGGAAAACCACUGCCGGGAUUCACAUACAACUAUGGAGAGACGAUUGCCGGGGGCGCCGGUGCUGGGCCAACAUGGCACGGCGCAAGUGGCUUACACACCCACAUGACCAACACCAGGACCACGGAUGCUGAAGUAUUGGAGAGACGAUACCCCAUCCUGGUGCGCGAGUUCUCCAUCCGCAUAGGAAGUGGCGGAAAGGGCAAGUUUAACGGUGGUUGCGGCGUGGUGAGAGACUUUGAGUGCCGUGCUCCCCUCACCUUCAGCAUGAUCUCGGAGCGUCGAGUGAAUCAGCCCUAUGGGAUGGAGGGUGGAGAACCUGGUCAACGCGGGAUAAAUUACUGGGCUCAGCGCAAUGAAGAUUCAUCGUAUACUUGGCUCAACAUAGGGCCAAGGGGCCAAAUUGAUAUGGGCCUGGGUGAUCGAUUCGUUGUUCACACUCCAGGGGGUGGUGCUUGGGGCAAGGUAGGGGAUGGUGAUUCAAUCGCCAUUGAGAAAAAGAAUGUCGAUUUCCAGCCACGCGCCAAUGGAAGCCUGAAUGCUUUCCUUGCGGCUCAGUUAGAAGCUUAG